AUGGUGAAGCUCUCGAAAGCGGAGAAGAAGGUCCGCUACGACAAGAAGCUGUGCUUGCUUCUGGACGAGUACGGGAAGGUCCUAAUCACCGCCGCCGACAAUGUUGGGUCCAACCAGCUCCAAAGCAUCCGCAGGGGCCUCUGCGGCGACUCCGUCAUCCUCAUGGGCAAGAACACCCUCAUCCGCCGCUGCAUCCGCUUCCACACCGAGAAGACCGGCAACAAGGACUUCCUCAACCUCCUCCCCCUUCUCGUCGGGAAUGUGGGAUUGAUAUUCACAAAGGGCGAUCUUAAGGAAGUUAGCGAGGAGGUUGCCAAGUACAAGGUAUUUUUGAAGCAACUUCACUUGGGAGAUUUAGAAGAGGUCCUCAAGAUUCUCAGCCAGGAUCAGAGGGAGAACUUCAAGAAAAUAUUCAGAUGUCUCCACUUCCAAGCUGAUGAUGAUAUUUAA